CCAGAUUUCCUGUUUUUCUGGGGAGCUGUCUUUUUAAUUACCACUACACUGGUUGCCCUUUUGAAAAAGGAGAACAAGGAACUAACACCAACAAAAGAAGAAACAAAAGGCAUCACUGACACAUACAGGCUGCUAUUCUCAAUAAUCAAGAUGCCGGCAGUUUUUACUUUCUGUCUCUUGAUUCUCACAGCAAAAGUUGGAUUUUCAGCAGCAGAUGCUGUCACAGGACUCAAACUGGUGGAAGAGGGAGUCCCAAAAGAGCACUUGGCUCUGCUGGCCGUUCCGAUGGUUCCUUUACAGAUAAUAUUGCCUCUGCUUAUCAGCAAAUACACAGCCGGCCCCCAGCCGCUGAACACGUUUUACAAAGCUAUGCCUUUUAGGUUACUGCUUGGUCUGGAAUUUGCUUUUUUGGUGUGGUGGACUCCAAAAGUAAAACACGAAGGAGGAUUUCCUGUCUACUACUAUGUCGUAGUACUGUUGAGUUAUGCUUUACAUCAGAUCACGCUGUAUAGUAUGUACGUUGCAGUCAUGGCUUUCAACGCCAAAGUCAGCGACCCGCUGAUCGGAGGAACCUACAUGACGCUCCUAAAUACCGUGUCGAACCUGGGAGGGAACUGGCCUUCCACCGUCGCGCUCUGGCUUGUGGACCCGCUCACGGUGAAGGAGUGCGCCGGGGCCCAGGAACAGACCUGCGCAACUACAGUUGCGGCAGAACUCUGCACAAAAGCUGGCGGUUCCUGCGUCACUGCCUUGGACGGUUACUACGUGGAAUCCGUCAUCUGUGUCGUUCUGGGAUUUGGCUGGUGGUUCCUGCUUGGGCCAAAAUUUAAAAAGCUGCAGGACGAAGGACAGUCUUCCUGGAAGUGCAAGAGGACCAAUUGAUGCAUUUAAAUACUGGAUGGACUGGCAAGGUCAUUUUAGUUUUAUUACAAAGACAUAUCCCAUAAUCAAUAACCAGGAAUAUAGGUAUUUUUAAAUGCC